AUGGAGAAAAAGAACUUGGAGCUCACGGCCAAGAUCGCUGAGGCAAAUUUGGAGCAAGUCCGCAUGCAGCUGGAGAAGGACUUGGAAGUUCUCGCAGCCAGAGUCAAAGGCCCAGAGCAUGAAGCCAAGGAGGCUUUAAAGGACCAUGUGUAUUUGCGUGAGAGGAAAGGAGUGCCAGCUCAUGCCAGCAUGGUCAAGGAGCUUAUCAAGGACGUUGAUGUGGGCCCAGACGACACCAUCGUCUUGCUCGAUGUGAUACCGAAUAAGCAUGCAGAGUUUGCUCGUGGAGUGUGCCAGCGAUUGCUCACGGAGAAUCUUGAGAGGCCUUCGGUAGCGUACUUUGGGUUGAUGUUUGAGAAGGACGGUCGGGAUGCAGAGACAGCCGUGCAGCAGAUCGCGUACGAUCAUUUUGAUGCUUCCCCGGAUGCCCCACCCAAGCGUCGCGAGAGAGAACCUGUGCCUGAGCCAACCUUGGAGCUUCUGGCCUGGUCAAAUGGCGGUUGUUCGUUCCCAGAUCAGAUUUUCAACAAGUUCACGCCAGGGACAAAGGCCUACCAUGAUUUGAAAGCUUUGAAAGACAAGGUAGCCGAGAUGUACCCCUCAGCGCCUGCGCCAUCUACCACUAGUGUUGGACCAGCGCCUGUGCUCAGGGCAGGGGGCAGGCCAGACUAUACCAUUGAAGGCGGCAAACGGCCACUUGAUGUAAAUCGCGUGGUGGAUGUCGCAGCAGUGAAAGCGGACGACUUCAGUGAGACCAAGCAGGGUUUCCAAAGUUCUUGGUUGAAGAAACUUUAA